GCUGAGAGCAGACUGCGUGGCGCUGCCUUACACCUUACAGUCUCGGCGGUAAUGGUGCCUUUCGUUUCAAAGAGAGAAAAUGAUGAUGACCAUGAUGCUGAGGAUGAUGAUGAUGACGUGGGCGGUGCGAGGGGGCGGGGCCAGCCCCGAGGAGGGGCUCCUCAAGCUGCUCGGCCUCCACAGACGCCCCCACCCCCCCGCCCCCGACCUGCAGGUGCCCCAGGAACUCCUCGACAUCUACCGCCGCCAGCAGGACCCGGACAGCUGGGACACGAUGGAUCUGCCCCUCGAAGGUCGCCACACCAGGUCCGCCAACACUGUCACGUCGUUCAGUCACACAGGUGAAAAUGAUAAAAAACCAAGGCGAAAAUUCCGUCUAAAUUUCAACAUAACGGAAGUCUUGGACAAAGAUACGGUGACAGCUGCAGAAUUGCGAUUGUCCAGCCUACAGCCAGGUCAGCGAGUCCAGGUCCACGAUAUCGUGCAGCCCGGGAAGAAAGGUGGUGACGGUCCCAUCCUCAGGGUAUUGGACUCCAAGAAGGUGGGCAAGGACGGCAGCGUGCUGUUGGACGUCACUCCGGCUGUGGAGCGAUGGAAAAGCGGCACCAACCACGGCCUCCUUGUGGAAGGAGAAGGCGCUCCGCAGAGGGUAAAGAGGGACCUCCACAGGAUGUUCCUCUACUCCGACGAUGGGAGAUCCGGGCCGCGAGGACUGCCAGAGCUGUUGUCCAGGAAGAAGAGAGCCCCAGGAAAGACAAACAGAAGGAAGGAUGGAAGAUCUCUCUGCAGGCGACAUCCGCUUUACGUGAACUUCAAGGCGGUCGGAUGGGACGACUGGAUCGUGGCCCCCCCUGGCUACGACGCCUAUUACUGCCACGGGGACUGCCCCUUCCCUCUGGCGGACCAUCUCAACUCCACCAACCACGCCAUAGUCCAAACCUUGGUUCAUUCGGUCAACCCCAACGCCGUGCCAAAGGCCUGUUGCGUGCCCACCCAACUGUCCUCUAUCUCCAUGCUCUACCUCGACGAGGGGAAGGUAGUUCUCAAGAACUAUCAGGACAUGAUGGUGGUGGGCUGUGGUUGCAGAUAACACCCAAUAAUAUUGUAAAUAUUUUAGAAUGUAAUAUAUUGUAUACAUAUUGUAUAAAUGUACAUAAGAUGAAGUUAAGGGAGCACAAUCUAGUCUCAGUAGUUAUAAGAUUUAAAUUUAAAGUUUUACAAUGUUCUGAUUUCGCAGACAGAAAAUUCACCGCAGUAAUAAGUGAAUUAUUCUUAUGAAAUGCUACUUAAUGGACUUUUUGCAUUAAAUUAGAUAGUAAACUUAAAACGCUAGCGAUAAUGCACACGUCUAUGCAUCUUUUAAUUUUUCUUCCAAAUUUCAUAGCAUAGAAUAAUAACGUGAUUUGACAAGCUACAAUUGGUCUGUAUUUAACUGUUAACAAUUUAAUUUAUUUAAAAACAAAUUAUGUACCUGAUAUUUUUAAUAACUUGUAUAAAUAAAUGUAUGCAAUCAAUUGUUGACUUAUCAAAUCUUUAAAAUUAAAAUCUACUUUUUUGUAUUCUCAGUUUAUAGAAAUAUAAAUUUUAAAAUAUCAAACAAUUUAUAAAAAAAAAAAAAAAACUUCAUCAUUAAGUGUUCAUUAAAAACAAUUACUGAAAUUUAUGUUUAUAUAUAAAUGUUACCUACAUAUGUUAUACAUUAACAAAAAAAACGUUAUAAAUGUAAAUAUGUUAAUAGGAUAAUAUUUAUUCAUAAAAAUAUGUAUGUACAUUAUGUAUAUAAAAAAUGAAAACUAUGAUGAAAUAUAUAUUGAAAAAUUGAAUAUUUAAAUAACAUGUUUUCAUUUGAACCCAAUGAUGAGAAAUCCUGAAUUUACACUUAAACCCAGCAAGAACUCUCAUAUUUCAUGUAAAUCCUCUUAUUUUGUAAACG